AUAUGUAUUUAGGCUACUUCUGAUGUAAAGGGGAACUCCAUAUCAAGUUGAUUGUGUUUGCAAACAUGGAAAACACCCAGAACGACUGAUUAAAUAACCACUGUAUAUUUAGCAGGUCCCACUAUAUAGUUGCAUGUACGGAUGGAUGCAUUGAUUGGUAUCAAUGACUGUUAGCUUGAUCAUGAUAAAUAUCGACAAGCGUUUACAUUUUUAGAAUUCGGUACGGAUGUUUUUUUUCAACGAAAAAUACUUUGUUGGACCAAAGAAGUAUUGAUUUGUAGCUUACUGUGAAACAUGUCUGUGAUCGAGGAAGGUUGGAUGUCCCGGUACAAGUCAGGAAAAAGAAAGAACAAAGAGCAUCUGGUACACUGCAAAUUGAUAUCACAUGGCGCCAAGAAGUGUCCAGAGGUCCAUCUGUAUACAGAUAGACUGUCGAAGGAACCAAACGCGGUGGUCCAGGUCAGUUCAGUUGCAGCGGUGAGCGAGUCUGAUGAGGUACCCAAGAUUGUCAAGGCCAGAUACGACAACUACAUCGCUAUCAGUGAUAGUAAAGGGAAAAUUACAUAUCUCUCAACCAACACAAGAGAAGAUAAGGAAAAAUGGUUCAACCUUCUCCAGAAUUUGGUGUCCAAGACACCCACAUCCAAUCAAGAGUCUCUGCAACCCUAUCUCGAGAGAACCCAGACAGUUGCUACCUCCGAUAGACCGCCUGUAUCUCGGGCUAGGAGAGGGGCACCUGUUACCUCACCAGGAACCAUGCAAGGCAUCUUCCACGACGAACUUCACAAAGUCUUAGAUAGAAAUAUUAGUGAGCCAACAGCCUCGCUUGUUGGUGAAUAUGAAUUCCACGACUCUGAUUUGCGGAAGGACUUCGAUAAAUUGACUGUGAAUGAUCAAUCACAAGAAUAUGAAAACGUGAAUAAAGUUCGUAAAGUGGAAGAAUGGCGCAGGAAGCAGGCUCUAAAAGACACUCGUGAUAUGUACGCCUUCAUGCACAAGACCCAUCAAUUACAAGAGGAUCAUAAUGAAUCCGGCCCCUAUUCGGAAAUUCGAGAAUUUCGAAAUGAACUCCUCAUGUCAGAUGGCAAACGUUUGCCUGCAGUCGACAGAACUUCAGAAGUACUUUACGAGAACAGCGCUGUUUCGCCGUACGUCAACUUUAAUUCGAACUCACCGGUCCCCGUCUACGAAGGCAUGGAUGACGUCCCUUUGGAACCCGAGCAGGAGUAUCGUUUAUACGAUUGCGUCCCUUUGGAGCAUGAGUAUUUUUUACCAACAGGGCAGUCGUCUCCUCACCGCGGUUCUCUGAAGUUACCAGUGACAAGUGAAGCCAUGGAGAUGGAGGCAUUGUGCAGGAAACUAAAAAAAGAGAAAGUUGCGGGAACGACUAAGAUACUUGUCGAUAAAUCGACCCUAGUUCGUGUUUUCACCAGUCUAUCACUCAAGGAAAUCCAUGAUUGUAUUUUAGUUACGGCAGUUCCUCCAGAACUCAAGGAUUCCUUUCGGGUCGGUGACCAGUGGUUGACGGUCAAUGGUAACUACCUAAGUGGGGUGUCCUUUGUCAAAGACUGUGUCUACACAUCACAUAAAAUCGAGAUCGAAAUCACAGUAAGAAGAAUCCCUUUUGGACAAAUCUGUGAUUUCCCAUGGACUUCAAAUAACAUGGACGACAUAGGCUUGGAACUUAUAGGGAACGAGAUUCGGCUGGUAUCUUCAGAGGGGCUGGCCUACCGUAGAGGAUAUUUGCACUCUCAUGAAACUCAGUCUUUGAAUAUCGAUGGCUUGAGAUGUAAUUACGUCAUCACUGAAAUCAAUUUUGAUCCCGUUCGUCCCGAUGCAUCGACAGCUCAGGUCUGGGAUAUGAUCAAGAAAGCAGGCAGAAAGAUCAUUCUCAUUCUACAUCCACAAGAUUUCUUCAACAAUCAGAGCAAGAGAGUCUUACGAAGCAGGAUUUGGCAAACGGAUGUAGCCUGUGCUGCCCAUGAUGCCCAUCCUGCAAGACAUGACGCUUGGUCAGUGUCUUCUGUUGAAGACUAUAUCGAAGCUGAGUUGUGCUACGUUAAUAGCCGGUAUGCCAAAGGUCUGGAAUCCCGAUCGUCAUGGUCUUCUGAGGAAUAUCUAGAACCUGAUGUAGCACCUAAUGAGUUCUACAACAUCGAAAGUGUAAGGGUUGAAGAUGAGACCACACUACCACCCAGUUCAAGAUUGAUGGAAGAUGAUGCAAAAUCUCCGGACAAUCUUUCUCCUUCCUCUAAGAAAGAUUUACCAGGUCGGCACUUUUGCGAAGGGGAAUUCGACACCAAUGGUGGAGUGAUGUCCGUUUCAUCCCAUACAAUGACCAUUCCUCCUGGAGCACUGGAUACGUCUGUAAAGAUCACCUUGAGCGUUCUGAGAGACGUACCCGAUGACGUCCAACUGCAGGACGGCGACACGGUCGUUUCCUAUGGCUUCUGGUGUCAACCGUCCGGACUGCGAUUCGCUGCAGGAAAACCAGCGAAAUUGACCAUUCCUCACAGUGCAAACCUCAUCGAUCCUCAGAAAAUACAAACGGUCCUGUACUCGUGGAGCCAUCAUGAAAAGGAUGGCGAUGAAUCAAUGGCACCUGAGCGUAUUGUACAGACAGCACAGACAUGCCGCGUUACACCUCACAACAUUGAGAUAAACCUGGAACAUUUUUCUGGAGGGUUUCUUGCUUUCAUAUGGAAUUGGUUGUAUAUGGAUAAAAAGCUCAUUUCCAUCAUGCCCUUUCUCCCGAAAAUGAUGCCAAUAUCCAGGAAAUUGAUAAUGGAGCUCAGAAUGGUUGACAAACCACAUGGAAUUUCAUGGAAAGACUUGCAUGUUCUGGACCAGACUGCAAGGUAUCACCCAGCCAAAGAUGACGACGAUGAGAUGAUUGUCGAGGAUAAGGAUCUUAAAGUUAGUCUAACAUUGGAGGAUGACCCGCCUGUAGACAAGGAUGUCAAGGCGGAGCUUCUGAAGAAAACAACCAAACAUACUGAAUAUUUUGACUUGGAUCUGAACGACAAAUCAGACGACUCGUUGGUCAUUCUCAAAUUGAAACAGAGUCAAAUAGAAAUGGACAUACAGUUCAGGUCGCAGUUCUUUGAGGCCAUUGAACGCGAUCACUCGGGAUCUGAGUACAACAUGCCACCUCAAGUAGAGACGAUUGGCCAGUAUACAACAACAACACCAACAUCUCCACCACCACCAACAACAACAACAUUAACAACAACAGGGGAACAAAGUGAAGAUGAUGGCGGUAUAACGGAACUGUUUCUGGUAGGGUUAACAGAUCAACUGGGAAACCAGGAUGACAUCGAAUUGGUAGCCCUCAAUCUGGGCUUCACUCACAAAAAAUGGAAGCAAUACAGCGACAUGAACGGUAAUGAAAGAAUAACAGGAACUAGAAGAAUGCUAUUCGAUUGGAAAAAGUGCACACCAAGAGAGCUACAAAGAUCACGUCUCAGGGAGGCACUGGAAAAAUCAAAUAACUUAGAACUUGCUGAAACCGUUUAACAGUUCAUGUCCUCAACGUGAUGGACACAAAGGAUUGGUCAUUUUAUGGUCAAAAUAGCCAUUGUUUUCGUGAAUAUGUGUCCGAGUGACCAAAUGGUCAAAUUCAACCAAUGUUCUAGUGAGCCUGAGAAUCUACCAUUAUGAUAUUUCUGUUUUAUUUUUUACCUAUUUGAAUGGUAGGACACUAUAACCUAACAGAUGGGUGACAUUUGGAACAAUCCUUUCAAGAGUAGCAGAACUAUGAUUCUACCACGACUUAUUAUGUCAUGCAUGUGGACCGCCUCCAGCAAAGUGAUUUUCUCGCUCAGUAAUAAUCAGUUGUAAGCUAUCAGAGGCAAAGGGUUAUAAGACAUCAGACGGGCAUUGACCCCUCAUUUGUAUCUUUUGAAAUUAUUCAGUCAUGAACAUAAACAAACUGGUGAUAUUGGGAUUAAUUUACAGAUAAAAAUAUGUAUUUAUAUAUAUGUGGGGAUCCUUUUUUUAAUCAAUGCUCCAAACAAAAUUUCAUUGUAUUACCGAAUUAUGACGUAAUUGAAUACCAAUACGGAUGAAUGCUACCAAGAGUAAUGUUAUUAUUAAUCCUUAAUGUAAUGGAGAGAUAAUGAUCUUAAUUUGAAGGUGCAUUUCAUAUCACAUAUAAUAGGUAGAAUUCUAAGCUAUAAGAUUAUUUACAAACAUCAGCAAGUUUUUUUAGCUCUUCUUUCGUAAAUGAAUUAUGCGAUGCAUGCGUAUGAAACACCGUUAAAUUUUUUGACAGCUGACAAACUUAAGUUUUAAAAUUUGGAGUAGAUUGUUUAAUAUCGAUAGAUGCUCUUAAAUCUUCCCUGUCGGAUACUGCACCAAAGAAACAUUUUGUUUUUGUUUAUGCUUGACCGAACAAUUACCUUUUUGUCAAGUGUGACAAAAUAAAAGUGGCUUGCCUCAUUAGAAGGAAAAGAGCACAAUGGAAGCAGCAGUCUAAAUUGAGUACAUGUACUCCCAAUUGACUGAUUUAAAGUUGUGGUUUAAGUAUGGAUAGCCAAUUUUUACAUAAAUCACUAACAGUAGAGAUAUCAUACUUCAGCUCAUUUUGCUCUCAAAUCAUUCAUAAUUUUCUAGGAAGUAAAAAUAGAUGAUUGUCUUCACCAUCGAUGAAUCAGGAAAGAGCACAGUAAACAUAAGAAACAUACAACUUAAUAAAAAUUUUGAUACUUUUGGCUUCCCAUACUUAAACCACAACUUUAAACCUGAGUUUAAGUUAAACCCGACUUCAGAAUACGGGCCAUUAUGUUUUACGUUUUCAUUUUUUAUAGGCAGUGUAUACAUCUACCAUAAUCAUCAUGAUCAUAGCCUGUAUUUGAUUGUUCUUAGAUGGGGUACUUGUUCUUUUUAGUCUGUAAUAUUCUGUUAGCAUGGUCAGGCAUAAAGAAAGACUAACUUAAAAGAAAGAGCUACACUUAUGGUCUCAUGGCCCUAAAACAUUCCCCAUAGGCUCGUGUCUUAAACUGGCACUUUAAAAAAAUCAUAAAAAAUAAGGAUGAAAUUCGGGGGUCGAAUGUUUACUACCAGUGGAUAGAAUAUACAUGUAUAUCUGACAAUCAAUAUCUGACCAGAAAAGAGUCCCUCGACCGGCUCGUUUUAAAAAUAAAUUGGCAUUUAUGCAGACAUGUCCUGAGGGAUAAAAUGCAUCACCUGAAACAGUAAAAUAGCCCAAAUCCUUCCGCCAGUCAAAUAUAGUUCCAAAGUAAGUGACAUUUCUUCCAAAUUUGGGAAAAGGAAGUUCAGUAGUUACCCUCCAUGGAUUCAAUGUUAGAUGGACAAUCAUAUUCAUUCACUUUGUCAAUCAGCUAUAUCAAAAUAAAACAAAAUAAGCAUUGGCUCGAAUUAAUAACUGUUGCAUUCCCGUUCUUAAAAGGACCGUGUAACCUGUAUUGUAAUAUAUAAUUUUGAGUAUAUUUUUUUCGAACAGGGUUUAAGUUGCCAACUAUUCUGACUCAGACAGUUAAGAUUCACCUUAUAUACGACAACAUUACUCGCAGCCGUACGACAGUUACUGUUGUUGCAUGUGAACUGACUCUGAAAGUGUCUCUGUCUGAGUCAUGUGGCAUGCAUUGUGCUCUAUUGUAUAAUAUAUUUUAUUGCCGCGUCAUUAAAAAGUUAUACUUAAUCAAA